AUGGAGAAAUGGAGUUUUCGGGAGGAUAAUGCUUUGAUCGAACUCUAUAGCGUAUGCGGUUUCCAAUGGAUAACUAUAUCUCGUAUGAUGGGUACCAAAUCUGCUUAUCAAUGUGCUCAAAGAUGGCGUAAUGCACUACAACCUGGAAUCGACACAAACCCGUUUGCUCUACUCGAACGCGAUGCGGUUAAAGAGCUGUACCGUAUCCAUGGUGCUAGAUGGGCUAGAAUUUCCUUGUGUCUCCCUGGUCGUACUCCAAAAAUGGUAAAGGCCAUCUGGGAGCAGAUGCAAGCGGAAGAAGAACGUAUCCGAGUCCAAAUGUCGAUACCGAGAUUAUUAAAUUGA